CUGUAAUUUUGAGUUUUGUUAUCAUUAGUAGUAUUUUAUCAGAUGACCGUUACUAUCAUUAUAAACAAACAAUAAAGGAGCGUUUAGAAGAAAUGAAAUAAAAAUGUGGUUUUUCGUUUGUUUAUUCAAUGCACAUAAUUACUGGCCACUGGCACUUGGGUGCAUAGAUAAAAAAAAACUUGGGUGUCUUUCUCAAUCAGUUAUCAUUCAAUAUUCAUGCAGUUAUUUCGAUAACAUAUUUUAAUUGGAAUAAAGUCAAUUUAAAAUUAGAAAUAUGUCAUCGUCUUUUAAUAAUAGUAAGUAUUGUCUUAAAAUGUAAGUUUAUGAUUUACUGAUAUUUGGUUUUUAGCUUCUACUACUAGUACGGAACAAAAUGAUUCAAUAAAUAAAUCAAAGAGUUCAAGGUCGAAAGACACACAUUUACCCAUAUCGAGGGUGCGUACUAUAAUGAAGAGUACUCCAGACAUUGAAAAUAUAGGAUUACCAUCAUUACACGUUGUUACAAAAGCAACGGUAAGAUUAACCAUUUAACUAUGCUUAUAGCCAUUGUUUUUAUUUAAUGUAUUAAUAGUGUUCAUUUUUAAAAACAAAUCAAGAAACAGUUUAGAAAUAAUUUGUGUUGUAAAAAUUUACAAUGAGUAUACUUAAAUUUGUAGUAAUACAAAUAUAAAUUAUUUUAAUUGUAUUUACUGUAUUAUAAAAAGAAUAUACAACUACACACCAAUGGCAAUAUGAUAUUAAAAUAGAAUUCCCAUUAUUAUGAUUCUAAUCAUUUUAUGAUAUUUAAAUUUGUACUCCUAUAAAGAUUAUCAAACAUUCUUUUACAUUAAAAAUAAUUUUAAAAUAAUUUGUAUACAAUUGUGUUAAGACUUACUUAACAAGUUAAAUAAUAUUACUAACAGUUCAAUAUAUUUCAUAUUUAUUUGAACGGAUUGAUAUACAAAUAAGUUUACAUUUAGUGAAGAUACUUUGUAAACAAGUAUUAACCCUGAACUUGUCUAAAUGACCGGAAUAUUUUAUUUGUACAAAUAACUCAUAAAAUGUUUUAACUGUAACUUAACUCAACUAGAACUUCUUGUAUUAAACACUUUUAAAUAGUAUUUUAUGAAUUAGGUAUUUUUAAUUAUUAUAGCAAAAUGCAAAUAAUACAUUCAAGUUAUUUACUUGCCUAUUUGACAGUAUCAUGUGUAAUGGCGUUAUUAUUUCUAUAGUCAUGUCGUUACGCGUUAUAUAUUGCUGUAUAAUCAAAAUAUGUAGGAUACUGUAUCAAGUUAUAUAUAUUCAGAAUAAAAAUCAUAGUUCAUAUAUAGUUUUGAAUAUAAACAAUAAAGCAUUUUUUUUUUAUAAAACUUUAAAUGCAUGUAUACUGUUUAAAUCAAAAAUAUAAAAAUUAUGAAGUAAAAGUUUGUAAAUAUUAAAAUUGAGUUGAUUAUAAUAUGUACCUGGUCAAAAUGACCAUGUGCGUGUAAUCAUGUAAUAAAAUUUGGUGCAAGUAAUGCAACGUCAAUACAAAUUGUUUUAUUCUGUUGUUGUAUAUUAUGUAUUAUUGUUUUCAUAAGAUAAUUGAUUUGAUUAUAGGAACUUUUUAUACAAAAAUUGGCAUUGGAUGCUUUCAAAUUACAAAAGAAUCAUAGACAUUUGGAUUAUAAUGAUCUUUCCAGAGCUGUCGAAGAAAAUGAAAACAUGUACUUUCUAAGAGGUAAAUAUAUGAUGUUUAUAUUAUAAUAAAUAUAAAAAAAGUUUUGAAAUAAUAUGUUAUGUAAAUUUGAUUUUGGUUUAAUUUUAUCAUUUUAAAAUUGAUCUUAUUUACAAAAGGUGCUGUAGUGGAGGGUAUAUGUCGGUAUACCUUUUGGAUAAGGUUAUAUAUUCUGUUAUAGUGACAUUAGGAUAAAAAAUAUAAUUAUUAAUUAUUGUUAUUACAAUUUUUGGUGAUUAGAAAAACUAAGACUUAACGAUGAAAUAAAUCAUAACUAUAAAACAAAUACAAUGAAACCUCUGUAACUCUAAAAAAUGCCUUGGUCCCUGUAUUUCAAUAAUUGAUAUGUGGGACACAUUUUUUCAAUAAGUCGAAGACAUUUAAGAUUAAUAUUUGUUUAUAACUCUGAAUUAUUCGAUAUAUAUUGCCGAAAAUUAAAAUAAUAAACAAACGGUUAUCUAUAAUGAUAACAUAGAUAUGUAUGUAUAAUAAAGUGUAUAAUCAUAAAUAACGAUAAUCGUAAAUCGAUUUUCAAUAUAAUCUUUACUUAUUGCUUAAAAGUUACAGUUAUUAAUAUAUAAAUAUAGAUUAAUUAAUCUGAUUUCUUAAAAAAAAAAAUAGUACUAUAUAAUUUAAUUACUACCUAUGUAUUUAUUAUUUAUUUAUAAGAAUACUUUUUUGAUAAUUUUAAUACAUACAUACAUUAUAAUACAUGGUAUGUAUAAAUAAAUACAAUUAUACCAUAAAGUCUUUGUGUUUUUAAUAAAAUAUAAUGUAUUCUCGAUAACUCAAAUUUUUUUUUGCCCCCAACCAAUUCAAGUGAUCGAGGUUCCAUUGUAAUUUAUAUAAAAUGCACACUCUAUAGCAAUGUACUGUAGAUUAGAUAAUGAACAAUCGUCAGUCAAGUAAAAUUAAAGUUCUAAUAUGUAUUUAAUGUAAAAAUAGAAUUAAUUUAGCCUGUAUAUUCAUAGUAUAUUGAGAGGGGGGGUAUACUUGUAUACUUUCCUUAAUUUUUCAUUUUGCUAUAUUAAUGUGUUACUAUAUGCCCUGCUUAUAGCAUAACCUCUGCUUUUUUAUGACUACAGCACUGUUUACAAUAUUUACAUUAUUUCAACCCUUUUCUGUACAUUAUAAACACAUUUUAUUUUAUUUAUAAUAUGAAAAACUUUUGAAAUAGUAAUCCAGAUUUUUAAUCUCACAAAUCUGGAAUAUAUUUUUUUUAAUUUUUAUAUACACAACAGUAAUAUCAUUGUCUUUAAGAUUGUGUGUGCAUUAAUAAUUGAAGAAGUGAGGGGUUAUAAAUCUCUGUUAACUCUAUUUAGUUUAUAACUAUUGUGACUUCAACCUUUUUUUUUUUUUUUUCAGAAGUCUUGCCUAAAAAAAUUACCAUGGCAGAAUAUUAUAAAUUGAUCGGUAAAGAGUCUUCAGAGGAGGGAGAAGAUAAUGAUAAUAGCUCUCAAACAUCAAAUUCAUCAUCGUCUUCAGUUACCUCGGACAAUAAUUAGUUUAUAUUAGCCUCAAAUGUAUAUUUGUUACACGAUUUAUUUUUUAUUUUCCUAUGCAUUUUGUACAAGUAUUUAAAUUAUUAAAGUAUCAUUUUAUAAGUUAUUGUUCAUAAAUGUUUUUUUCUCUUAACCGUUUUACAAAUUUUAUUUUUGAGUUAUUUUCAAUGUAGUCUGAUAUUAAAUCAUUAUCACAUUUUAACUUGAUUCCACCACAACUUAACCAAUACGUUUUCCAUAUUCUUUUCCAACUUAUAAUUGUUUUUUCACCUGAUCUUUUUAAAUUUAAUGUCAUUUUCCUCAUAAUGCUAUUUUUCAAAUCCAUCACUUUUGCUCCAGUAUUUUUGAU